AUGAAAGAUAAUGCAAAAAAUGAAUACGGAACAUUCCCGAUAACAAUCAAUGAAGGAUACUCAGAUCAAGUGUCGGGUAAAAAGAUCCUAAGUGGAGGAAUAUAUAAAGGUUUAUUUGAGAAAGUUAAAUUAUUAUUUUUAUUUUUAACAUGGUACGCAUUAAACAUAUUAUAUAAUGUAGACAAUAAAAUUGCAUUGAAUAUAACCAAAUUACCAUGGUUUAUUAGUUGUGUUCAGUUAUUCACAGGUUGGUUGUUUAUAUUUGUAUACUGGGUUAGCGGAUAUAAGAAGAUUCCACGUAUAUUUUCAUAUGAUUUAUUUUUAAAAAAUAUUUUGAUUCAGAGUUUUUGUCACAUUUUAGUUCACUUCGGUGCAGUUGUGUCCAUGUCAUCAACAACAGUUUCCUUUACUCAUGUUGUGAAGGCAUGCGAACCUGUGUUUACAGCAUUGUUAUCGAUAUUACUUCUAAAACAGUAUAUGAAAUUUAAUAAAUAUUUAACUUUAUUAGUAAUAGUAGGAGGAGUUAUAUGUGCAUCUGUUAAAGAAAUUCAUUUUACAUGGCUGUCCUUCUGGUGUGCAACCAUUUCAAAUUUUGGAUCAUCCAUGAGAUCUAUAUAUGCAAAGAAAAUGAUGACACAGAAAUCACAAAUUGGAGAAAAUCUUAGUGCUUCUAAUAUAUAUUCAAUGAUAACGAUACUUUCAGCUCUUAUGUCUUUACCAUUAGUUUUAUAUUUAGAAGGAAAAGCAUCUUAUAAUUUUAUUAUAAAUUAUGAAAACACAAAUUUAGCCAAUUACACACAUAAGCAAAUUCUCAUCAAAAUAUUUCUUAGUGGAAUUUGGUACUACCUCAACAAUGAAGUUGCUUUUAUGUGUUUAGAAAAGGUUAAUCAAGUUACACAUGCAGUUGCCAAUUCAAUUAAGAGAGUUGUAAUUAUUGUAUCCUCAAUAAUUAUUUUCCAGACACAGAUUACUUUCCUAGGUGCACUAGGAUCUGUUGUUGCCAUUACCGGUGCCUUCCUCUACUCAGUUAUCUAA